GCAGUACGUCAAAACCCUUGUUCCAUUUCCAGGGUUUUCCAGUGAACUUCUCCCGAUUCUGCUCUGCUCAUCGAUCCCUCUUCUUCAUUUCGGUGGUUCAAAUCGGAAGCGGAGAUGCACGCCCCCGUCCUCGUCCUCAAAGAUUCAUUGAAACGGGAAUCUGGAACCAAGGUGCACCAUGCCAAUAUCCAAGCAUCUAAGGCUGUUGCAGACAUCAUACGAACUACGCUGGGUCCAAGAUCAAUGCUGAAGAUGCUACUUGAUGCUGCUGGAGGGAUUGUGGUGACGAAUGAUGGGAAUGCUAUUCUUCGGGAACUAGAUGUUGCACACCCUGCUGCUAAGUCAAUGAUAGAAUUAAGCCGGACACAAGACGAAGAGGUAGGCGACGGGACAACAUCCGUGAUAGUUCUUGCUGGUGAAAUGCUCCAUGUUGCGGAAGCAUUCAUCGAGAAGAACUAUCAUCCUACAGUUAUUUGUCGGGCUUACAGCAAAGCUCUAGAGGAUGCAGUCUCUGUGCUUGAUAAGAUUGCAAUGACUGUAGAUCUGAAGGAUCGAUCAGCAAUGUUAGGACUCGUCAAGAGUGUUAUUGGAACAAAAUUUACCAGUCAAUUUGGGGAUCUAAUUGCUGACUUGGCUAUAGAUGCCACAACCACUGUUGGAGUAGAAAUUGGCCAAGGAUUACGUGAGGUGGAUAUCAAGAAGUACAUAAAAGUAGAAAAGGUUCCUGGUGGUCAAUUGGAGGAAUCAAAGGUUCUAAAGGGAGUCAUGAUCAACAAGGAUGUGGUUGUUCCUGGUAAAAUGAAGAGAAAAAUACUGAAUCCUAGAAUCAUUCUUCUCGAUUGUCCUCUGGAGUAUAAGAAAGGUGAAAACCAAACCAAUGCCGAGUUGCUAAGAGAAGAAGAUUGGAGUGUCUUGCUGAAAAUGGAAGAGGAAUACAUUGAAAACCUAUGUAUGCAGAUUCUAAAGUUCAAGCCAGAUUUAGUAAUAACUGAAAAGGGACUCAGUGAUCUGGCUUGCCAUUAUCUUAGCAAGGCUGGUGUCAGUGCAAUCAGAAGGUUAAGGAAGACAGACAACAACAGAAUUGCCAAGGCUUGUGGAGCUGUAAUUGUUAACAGACCUGAUGAGUUGCAAGAAUCAGAUGUUGGUACUGGUGCUGGACUUUUUGAAGUUAGAAAAAUUGGAGAUGAGUUCUUUUCUUUUAUUGUUGACUGUAAGGAUCCCAAAGCAUGUACUGUACUUUUGAGGGGUGCAAGCAAGGACCUGCUAAAUGAAGUGGAAAGAAAUUUGCAGGAUGCAAUGUCUGUAGCGAGAAACAUAAUAAAAAAUCCCAAACUCGUUCCCGGUGGGGGUGCUACUGAGCUUACGGUAUCAGCUAUGUUGAAGCAGAAGAGUUCAUCCAUUGAAGGCAUAGAGAAGUGGCCUUAUGAAGCCGCUGCAAUUGCGUUUGAGGCUAUACCAAGAACCUUGGCCCAAAACUGUGGGGUUAAUGUGAUUCGGAUUAUGACUGCUUUACAAGGAAAGCAUGCAAAUGGCGAGAAUGCAUGGAUCGGAAUAGAUGGGAAUACUGGUGAAAUCUCUGAUAUGAAGGAGCGGAAGAUAUGGGAUUCGUACACUGUGAAGGCCCAAGCUUUCAAAACAGCCAUUGAAGCUGCUUGCAUGCUAUUGAGAAUUGAUGAUAUAGUGAGUGGAAUCAAGAAGAAGCAAGCCCCGGGAAGCCAGGCUCCAUCAAAGCCUACAGUUGAACAAGAAGGUGACGCAGACAAUGAGAACAUGAUUCCGGAAUGAGAGGAUGCGCUGCCAAUAGGAUUACACUUGAAAAGUAUGAAAUUAUCGAUUCUUAAAAACAGUUUUGGCAUCGCCCUAAUAUUUAUGCUGUUUUGGUUUGGCGCCAAAUACAUCUUUGGUUCGAGCUGCGGCAGGUUGAGAUCAGUAGUUUGUUUUGUGUUUGUAAAACCCCCUAUUUUCAUCAUCCCUUGGUUUACUUUUUCUAGGUUACAGAGGCUCCACCUCGACUUCGAUUGUGUUUCUUGGGUGCUUUAUUUGAUGUAUUAAUCCUUUCUAACA